CAGGAAAUAAAGCUAAAUCACGAAAUCGGUGAUGAUGCACAUUUUGAAUUCAGCACCCGAUCCAUACGGUACCGACAUUGUUGUCAAAAUUGUGCAGGCUGUUGUUUCUGUCGAACUGGAUGAAACUGUUCGCGUGUAUGAACAUUUAGUGGGAGACCCUAUCGGGUGCAUCAUUAUGAAAUCGCAGCAAGAUGGUAGCGAUGAUAGCUCAAUCAAGAAGCAAAACAACAGGAAGAAUCCAGACAGCAAUGAUAAUACCAAUGCAGUAAUGGAAUCACAUAUUCACCAGGUGCAAGUUCAUUUGGAAGAAGAGGAAAUAGGAAAAGGCGAGCAAAAUGGCUCCUUUCGUAGAUGGCUUGUUGAAUUGAAGGCGUCCAUUUGCGCCCCUCAAACUUCAGCAAUCCCAUUAAACAGUACAGACGUCAUCAUCGAUCUACUCUACAAAGGAUACAAAUUCGAGCAGACCAAAGAGUUUACAAUGCGAUCAACAUGCUUAAGAACUAUUAUGAUAGCACGGUCAUUGCGCAAGCUUUAUCGCCUUCUUGUCGCCUCUUGGAAGUGACGUUUGGUCCAAAAACAGGCGCAUUUUUCAAAAUGACAAAAAGAUCCUGUUGUGAUAAGCUACUUGCAGGAAAAAAGAGAGAGAGACGAGCAGCUGAAAACAGACUUUCCAAUUUUAAGAUCUAGCAGUUAUACUAGCCUGUUGGCGUAUGCUCUGGUGUUGCCUCUUAUAAAAUAACC